UUCAGCCUACUUAUUUUAUUAUUGCUUAAAUAUCUUUUUCUAAUUUCGUAUAAUAAAUUCAAAUAGAUCGUUGUCAUGCAUUCUUAUUACCACUUUAAAUGGUUUACAAGAUAGCAACAUUAAGUUUCUGUAAAAUGAACAGUGUCGGACGUUUUAUGCUGUGACACUGGCCGGAAGUGUAUCACUGGCCGGAAACGACCACUGUGAAACGAACCUAAGUACCACAGGAAGACGGGGGCACUAAAAUGACACGGGGCGGAAAAUAUUUGGCCAAUAACACUGUUUGAAAUAGAAGAUAAUUCACAUGCAGAACGAUUUUGAUCAAUCUAAAGAUAACGCGUCAAGAAGGAGUUGACUGGAUUAUCGCCCGGUUGGCGCUAGCAUGCUAACUCAUCGGAAACAGGAUUAGUUUAGCGGUCGAUGGAGAGGCCUUCGACGGCCGCGCAGUGGAGUGACCUGCUAACCUGAAAUCGGAAACCGCCUUUGUGUACAUGAACCCUUCGGCGCCCUUUUCUGCAUAAGCAGUUUCAUAUCGUUCUUCGAAAGUGGACUCCCGUGUACGCAACAUUGUGCGAUGCCAAGACAAACGGUUUUAUGCUACAGCGAUGAAAACGGAAUACCGUCUUUAUUUAGCUAGCAGGAUAGCGAGCUAGCGAGGGAAGUGGGCACACAGCCCACAUUCAUCUGACGGACUGUUUUCUGGCAACUCCUUUUAUUGUUGCAUAUCACAUUUGAGUUUUUUUUUCUUAACUUUUUGAACUCCCUCGCACCUAAUGUUAUAUUUCUUGUAAUUUUAUACCAUAUUUCGCCUAGCUGGAUUUUAACCGGAGUUGUUAAUUAAGAGUAUAAAUAUAUAUUUUUGGUUGUUUAUUUAUUCUUAUGUGUGUGUUAUCGAGGGAUGUGAUUAUAAAAAAGGAUUUCGGCUCUCCCCCUUCCCUUAUUCCCCUCCGCACUCACAAAACUCGUACCGGAGUAGGAGCAUCGAGAUUGAACGUUUCAGCAUGUUGUACCCUUUUGGAUGAGUUUGCCGACGUGGACGGAGAACUACUCGUUUGAAUUGCAUUGCUGUGCUUCUGGUCUUCCACCCUGGGACUUAAAGGAGUUAGAUCCAUCCAGUGGACAGUCAGUCCUUUUGCCUUUUCACUUUGAUUUGAACUGAACUGGAAAGAAGACAUUUAUAAGAAACAGACAAAUGGGGACCAUUUCUGUAAAUGCCUGUCAGAUAAAUAAAUAAGAGAACAUUCCGUCACUGCAGCAAAGGAACGGGAGGGAACCAGAGGAACACCCCUCAACAGUGAGAGGGAAAUGUUCCAGUUUGGAAAGUACCCUAUGGACAUUUUAGAAAUGCUGAGUGGACACCAGGCUCAUCAGUUCAAAGGCCUGGGGCUGGAAAGGCAGCUGCAGCACCAACAGCAAGUUCAACUUCAACACCAGCAGCAGCUUCAGCAGCAACAGCAACAGCAGGGUGAAGCCUCUGGAGCUCUUCUCUCUGGUCUGGGCUUAGGUUCCCUCCAAGGAUCUAGAAGUAAUGCGUUUUCAGAUUCUUCCUCUAUCUUUGCCAAAAUGAGUGCACCACCUCCACCUAUCCCACAGCAAUCUCAGUCCUCUUCACAAAGCUCACGCAAAUCGAGCAAGAUGGGUAGCAAUAGUGGGAGUGGAAGUUCAGCCUCUGGCUACCCACAGUUCUUGCGUCCCUUUCACCCUGCAGAGGCGGCUCUAGCACAGGAGCAGCUGCACUCUGGGAUGGGGCGUUUUGAUUUUGCUGGAGGAAGCAGUGGCGGUGGUUCAGGAGUGAUCGGAGGAGUUGUAACAUCUGCUCCCCCACCACCUCCCUUGCACCCAGGCCUUUCUGUGCCUCAACCAUCCCCUGGACCAUCGUCUUCAUCACCUUCUCCUUCUAGCUCAGCUGCCACCUCCAGUAACCCCCCAAGCAGCAGCAGUACAGUGGCUGGACUGGUUGGAGCCCAGUCUGAUGCUCGCAGUUUACACCAGCAAUUCAGUUGCAUGCUUGCAGCCAAUCAGUACUUCCUUUCUGGAGUGCCAGCCAAUGCCAGCUUGGAGCAGUUUCUAGUUCAGCAGGGGCCCCAUAAUCAUCUUGGUCUUGCUGACUCGAAUACAGGUCUUGCUCCUCCCCCAGCCCUUCAUCCUUCUCACACCCAUGGCCACCCACCUCCUCAGCCUCAACAGCAGCAGCAACAGCUACCGCCACAUGCCUUGUCUCAUCCUCACAGCCAUGCCCACCCACACCACCCUCUUCACCCUGCCCCCCAGCCAUCUCCUCUGGGUGGUUUUGAUUUUCAAGGAAUUCCUGUGCUUUCAUCCAAUCAGCUAGCUUCCUUAAUGCAGCAGGAAGCUGGCCUUCCUCUCCCACUCCCACUACAUCUCUCCGUCCCAAAGGAUGAUGGGAAGGGAGAUGGUGGAUCUGGGGCUGGAGGAAGUGGAGGUAGUGGCAGCAGGAGAAAGAAAGCAAUGGCUGGUUACCUACCCCAGAGAAAGACAGAUGGCAGCAGUAGCAGUAGUGGCAGCAGUGCUAACUGCCACAGCAGCUCUGGGGCACAUGGUCAUGAUGGGUCUUCUGGCCUUGUUGGAGGAGGUGGAGGGGUUGGCAUGAGAGGUCUUGGUGGUGACCCCUCCUCCAUCCUCUCCUCUUCAACACCAUCCUCCUCCUCUUCUUCAACUGUCUCCUCCUCCUCGUCCUCUGCCCCACCCUCAAACUCCGCCUCUGUGUUGGUAAGCAAUGUUUCACAGAUACCCAAAACUGAUAAUCAAUCAGCUAUGACUCCCACUGUUAACCAGCCUGAACCAGAGCCUCUUUUUCACUGUGGAGAAUGUGGAAAGUCCUUCACACACCUCCCCAGUCUCCGUAGACACAUACGUAGCCAUGAGGGAGAGAGUAAUGAUCCCAAUAGCAGUGCAAACACAAACCCAAACACAAGUCAUCAGCAUCCGUCAGACACAAGUCUCCCUCACUCAACCCAGGAUGGCAUGCCUCCACAAAAUACCCAUCACCCACAUGAGCAGAAUCAGCAACAGUCCAACCCAGACCCUUCUUCAUCCUCAUGCUCAAGUCCAGAUAAAACUUAUUGUUGCAAUGAGUGUGGGAAAGGUUUCAAAAAAAGAGGACAUCUCCUUCAGCAUGGUGUUAUCCAUUCUGGAGCACGUCCUUUUGCUUGUUCUACUUGUGAGAGAUCUUUUAACCGUCGCGAGUCUCUCACCCGACAUGAGAAAAUACACGAGGAGAAGCCUUACCGCUGUCCAGCUUGUGGCCGCUGCUUUAGAGAGAGCACCUCUUUGCUUAAUCAUGCUGCUUCAGGUUCAUGUGGAAAACCAGGAAGGGGAUCAAGAUCCAGAAGCAGCGAUGGCAGUAGCUCAGUGAGUUCAGAAGGCAAGGUUGAAGGAAGUGGAAAUAGUGAAUAUCAAGGUGUACAGCUAGGAGAUGAAAAAGGACUGGGAUAUGAGAAGAGUGAGGGACGUGGCGCUGGGAUGUCCUGUGAUGGCCUGUAUUCUCAAGGAAGAGGAGGUAAUCCAAAUGGAGGCGAUAAAACGGAAGGGAAGUAUAAUUCAACAUACUCAAGAGAUCCUUACCAAUCGUCCUAUAGGGUUGAUGACUAUCGUAGGCCACAGGCUAAUCCUACAUCAUACUCUGCAGAUGGCUCAUGUAGCAACAGCUUGUCAGGUCCUGCCCUCAGAAAAGCUCCCUUAGCUCCAACACUUCACCCACACCCACCAAAUCAGCAACAACACCACCACCACCAACAGCAGCCUCACCUUCCCCUCUCUUCUCUGUUGGAUGACUCUGAAGAUGAAGUUACAAGCAGUGCCAUGUCUGCAAUUGCUGCAGCUGCUGCUGCCUCUGUCUUGCCUGCUGAAAUGAACAGCAGUGGGGGACGAGAGGAACGAAGGGACAUAAUAGGAGGUCUGUUGGGGGGACUUGGCUUUGGGUCUAUAGGUGGCCCAACAUCUACAUCUGCAGGAAAUGGAGGAAAUGAAGAAUGCUUGAAUGGAUCGAUGAUGCCCUUAUCUCAUCCUGCUCAGCAGCAGUCUAAUUCACAAAAUGCCACAUCUAAUGCCAAACCGAAGCGACCCCGGAAACCUAGGCAGAAGAGGGAACCAAGGCCUGGUGGUAUUCCUGGAGAGGGUAUCAAACGUCGCAGAAAUAACCAGAAUGGGACUCGUGGAGAUGGAUCAGAAAGGCCUUAUUUAUGCACUUCUUGUGGGCGUGGCUUUGGCAGACGUGAGACUCUCCGUAGACAUGAACGUGUUCACACGGGGGAGAAGCCAUUCCAUUGUGAUGUUUGUGGAAAAGAUUUUCGAGAACCUUUCCAUCUCACGAAACAUCAGACUGUUCAUACGGGGGAGAAGAACUACAAAUGCUCCCUUUGUGGAAAAGAUUUUGGGUAUGCACAAAGUCUGAAAAGGCAUGAAAAAUUGCACCUGAGAGGGGAUUUCAAGCCAAGGCGAAGUAAAACAAAGUCUUCUGUAAAUCAUGGAGGUACAGUCAGUCAAGAUGGCAGUCAAACAAAUCCUGGCUCAUAUUACCCUUAUCCUCAGGAUAAACCUCAAGGCUCCAGUGCUAGCACAUCAAACCAACCCCCCCCUAGGCUGUACACAUGCGAAAUUUGCUGGAAGUCUUUUCGUCACCACUUCCACUUGACUGCCCAUCACCAAGCUAUCCAUGAACAUGGUGGGGAGAAACUUUUCUCAUGCGAGGUGUGUGGAAAAGCUUUUGCUUACUCCAACAGCUUGACGAGGCAUAGAUUAUCUCAGCAUGGUUUGGCACGCACUGGACCGGCUACCCAGCCAACAGGAAGUGGAUCUGGUGGAAACACAUCAUCUUUAACAGAAAGUGAAGCUGCCACCAAUGCACUCCUUCAUCUGACUCCAGACAGUGGAGGCCAUGGUGUGCAGCAAACACAUUCAACUAUUGCCCAUUCACAUCUUCACUCUCAGCCUGCUGGUUUUUCCCCCCUCUUCUACACGCCAGAGUCAGGUCCAGUUAGUUCAAAUACUAGUGCCCCUCCACACCAACACUCUCACUACUCACACUCCACUGUAGGGCCCCUCCCACAUCAACAGUCAUUAAGUGGUAAGGGACAUCAUAUUUAUCCAGGUAUUACAGGAAACCCUAUUCAUUCUACUCCUGCUCAUGUCCAUAUACCGUCCUCUCCAAUCUCUCAGCAGCACCAUCCACAGCAGCACCACCCACAGCAGCACCACCCCCACCACCCUUUUCAGAUGCAGCCUCAGCCUCUGCAGCAUCCAUCAGUGCAGAUACAUGGAGACGCUGGUCAGAAGAAGAAAAAAAAAAAGAAAAAAAUUAAAUUAGUCAGUGGGGGGCAGCUGCUGGCAGAGUUCAGUGAUCCUGAAAAUGCUCAAAGGCGUAGAUUCAUAAAGAGAAAGAAAUGCAGGCUUCAGCAGCAGCUCAAAAGGAAAAAAUGGAUCGCACAGCUCAAAUGGGCCAAGUAUACUGGGGGAGUUGGAAUUAAUGUUGGGGGAGGAACAUGGCGGGUGGGCCGGUGGAAGUUCAGAGGUCUGAGGUCUUUGAUAGUUCCACUGAGAUCUUUUCCGUGUCCUAUCUGUCCUUCAACCAUUUUUACGCGGCGAAUAACACUUUCAAUCCACCGUGUGACAAGACAUCCGCCAAGAAAACAUGGCUGUCGGGCUCGUCUGCGGUGUAUAGUCUGUGGCAAGCGUUCUAGAAGGCUCCUGUCAGCUCUCCGCCAUCGAGCUCGCCACCUUUCACAAGGUUCUUUUUCUUGCCCCCGAUGCCCCUCUCGAUUCUGGAAUGGCACCCUACUACAGCGGCACAAAUUUGCUUGUCGACGUGUUGGUGGCGGACGAAAGAUAUUGCCAAAGGGGACUAUUUCUCAAAAAGGAGGGGAUCAUAUUGAAAGAUCAGGUGGCAUGACAGAGUACAGGCACUAAAUAAAAUAAGACCUUUACAAUUAAUGAGUUUUAAGAGAGGAACAUGUGAUGAGGCAUAGUGGAAAAUCUGCUUUGACUCCACCACAUAUUCACACAAACACAAACCCACCCAUUAUGCACAUGGUCUCUGGCUUCAGCCAAGGGAGUGCCUCUUAUAAUAAAUGACUUGGUUAACGUGAACAUUAAACCUGUACUUUAAAAAAAGAAGAAAAAACAUCCAUUAAAGACAUGGAUCUCUAACAUGGUUUCUCCAAAGGGGAAGAAUAUUUUAGAUUAUGGGACUGUUUUGGUAGCACCUUUGUUGUUAUGGUAGCAUCUCUAUCCUCUAAAAAUGCAUUCAUUAUGUAUUUUCGUAACUUUUGUGCUGCGAUGAUGGAUGCAAACCAGUAAGAGUGAACUAAUCUGAACUGUAACAAUCUUUCUCUAAAUUAGUUUCCCCUUAUUACUCAGAGGUUGACAGUAUAGUCUUUCUUUUUUCUCAAAUAUAUGUAGCUUUCUGUUCCUUGUGGACUUGUUUUUAAUGUCCCCAUCCUACCCCCUUCAUUGUCCUGUGUUUCAGACGCUUGCCCUGGAAUUUACCUUGUUGGUUUUCAAACUGUUAAAUAACUUAAUUGUGUAUUAUCUAAGGAGAACACUUAAGUUUUUAAACUUUUACUAUGCGAAAACUAAAGCUCAAGUGAAUCUUCAAAACCUUCAAAUCAUGUGAAAAUUGCUGCAGAAACGUUGGGGAGGGGACAGUAUAGCGCAGUAGAUGCCAUGUCUUGUGUGUUUGUCAUCUGUUUUUUUUUUUUUUUUGGUUUGUUUUUUUUUGUUUUUUUUUAAGAAUAUGUAAUUUUGUAGGAAUUUCUAUGACAAGUGUUAUAUCUUGGGUUGACAUGGACUGGCAUGAGCAAGUGGAGAAACCAGUCUAUACUGUAAAAUGCGUAUUAUAUUUUAUGUAUUGUUUGCUUUUUUUUUUUAAUUCUAAAAAGUAAUUUUUUUAUCAUUUGUACUAUUUGUGGGUGGAUGUGUGUAUGUUGUAAGAUGAGGGGGAUAUAUGUAAUCAAUGUGAUAUUAUUUUUUAUUUUUAUUUUUUUCCCCCCUUUGCCAUCCCCCUUUGGUCUGUCUAAUCCUAAACCAGUUUAGCACAGUUCCCCAACACUAUUGUAUACAUUUCAGUACUUUACAUAGCUCCUCUGUCCCCAUGUUUUAAUCUCAGUAAACUAAAAUAUGACGUAUAAAUACUAAAUGAUCCUUUUAUUUUUUAAUUUACUUUUCUUUUUUUUUUUUUGCUGCAUCAAAAAACGACUGGCAGAAAACCAAUAAAAGGGUGGUAAAAACAUAGAUUGAUAUUUUGAAGUGUAAAAAUGAUGUUUCAGCCUAUCAUUAACACACUUCAACAGACAUGUUAAUUAUUUGUUCAUAACAUUAGGUUACUUUUAAAUGGGAGAAACUACCAGGUGUCCUGCACAUGCUGUGGCCGUGUUGUCCCCUGCAUGUCUGCAGGUGUUUGCUACUCAUGUGCUGGCACAUGCCUUCUGCAGUGCCUUGCUCCAUUAGAGGGGGAGAGGAGAGUGCCUGCUGGGUUGUGUGGUGUGUCAGCACAGAACUGCCUGUUUAUUGAGUUUUUCACUUGGUGCAGUGUAGGGAAAGUGUAGUGAGAUCAAUGCAGUCUUUCUCUUUUUCCAAAAUAUCUUAAACAGUUGUGUGCUCUCAUCAUAAGACAUUUUUGCAGAUCCUUAUAGGUUGUUAUCCAAUAUUUCAGGUUAAAUAUUUAGGGUUUCGUUGUAAUUUGUUCAGAUAGUUGACAAAAAACUAAAAAAGACAUAAAAAAGACCACAUCGCAAUCUUCAAGUAGUUCACUAGAUGGCGAUAAAAGGUCCGUGUUUUGCGAGUACUCAUGGUGCCUUUAUGGAGUAUGCCGACUAAAAUUUCAGUAUACAGCUAUGUAAUAUACUGUUUAUGAUUUUACAUUUAUGUAUCAUUGAAGUUCAUCUAAUGGUUUGUGUCCUUUGUUUGACAGGAGAGCUUUAAACACUACAUCAAUACAGCAUAUUUGCAGAAUGUCUUACAUAAUGCAAUACAUAUUCUGUUUUUAUCAUUUUUAAGGGAAAAUAGUUCAUUUCUAUUGCGUUUUAAAACCAUAACCAGCCCGCAUGGCCAAAACAGGCAUGAAAACCCCACAACUAGCUCCACGUUUACUAACACAAUAAAUGGCAAACAUUGUUUUAGCAGGUGUAUUUUCAAAGCAUCUGUUGUCGCUAUCCUGACAUCUUUAGUAAUUCCAGAUUGGGGCUUUAAAAAGGUGACAAAUGUGGGGUGAAUAAAACAGUUAUAUGUACUGUC